AUGAAAAUAGAAAUAGUUCAGAAGCUUUUAACGAAUAUAAACAUUUACACAAUCGAAAAUAAUGUUGCUGAAUUUGAUUUUGGUACGAAACAAGCAAGUGUGGUACUUCUUGAACAUCUCGAUAGUCAUUUAAAAAAAAUUGUACCUGAAGAGUAUGAAGUUAUGAAAUCUCAAGAAUCUACGUUAUUGGACUUUUUGAUUUCAGAAGAGGUGUAUGAGAGCUCAAAGCGGUGGGUAUACGAAGUCAUGACUAUCGCCCAAUAUGAUAAAGACUUGCGCCGAUUGAAUAAUAAAUCCAGUAGAAUCACUCACAAAAGAAAUGAUAGACUGUUACAAGAAAGUUUAUCUUUCCAAAGAAGAUGUGUACAAGAAGAAAAGAGCUAUCAAAGAGAAAGUGAUAUAAAAAAUUUAACGCUUGAAUUUGACUUGCUAACAAGUACUAUUUAUCAAUCUAGAUCUUGUUAUACUGAAUUAGCUUUUCCUGAAGACAUUUUGAACUUGGGUAUCAUAAUUCCUAGCUGUUCUACCAAAGACGAAAAAAAAUUCGACAAAUUCAAAAAGCGCUAUGAUUGCUUGAAUGAUAUGGACAACUUUAUCGAGUGCUUGCAAAAUAUCGGAAUGGUUGAUAUCGAACGUCGUGACCGUAAAGAUGUUUUUUUAUUUACAGACUCAUUGUCCGGGUACAACUGUCAAAUUGGAAUUGAUAAUCGCAUGCUUUAUGAAAGAGAAAAGUUGAUUGAAACAUAUCUUGAAUUGGAUGAAAGGAUUAGACCGUUGAUAUGUGUCGUCUUUUAUUUCUGCCGAUCGCAAUUAAUCAAAAGAGUGGAGGAUAGAGAUCCGUUUUUAGGCACUUAUUCACUGACCAUCUUGGUAUUAAACUUUUUGAUGAAUGGGUUGGAUAAACCAGUUAUUCCCUGUCUUCAAGAGCUACCGAAAAACAGUACUUGUAACUUUAAGGAUUGUUUGUACAACAAAAACAAACAGUUUGUAGCUACAACAAAAUAUGACAACAUUAUCAAGGAAAUGCGGUUUUUAUAUCACACAUGUGUAAUAAUUAAGAGCGGCAAUGAAGAUUUGAACACUGUAUUGGAAAAUAAAACUACAUGGACUAGCCAUAACAGUGAUAAUUUAGGAACGCUCUUGAUUGCAUUUUUUCGGUACUAUGCUGAUGUAAAAAACAUAACAGGAGGAGUCUCUAUUGCUCAAGCAGGCAGAACGUCUUACCGAAACUCCAGUAUGUCUAUUACUAUUCAAGAUCCGUUUUUGCCCAUCAAUAACAUUUCAGAUUAUGCCAAAACCUGUUUGGGAGAGUUAAAAAUCGAGGUAUCUCAGAAUUCUGUGAUGAUAAAUUGCACCUGGGGUAAGCUUUCCCGUGAUAUCAAGAUGAAAUACAUCAUCAUGUUGGAACGAUUAGCCAAGAAAGCUCACAACAGACUGGGAAAAAGGAACGUGUCAACCCGGGAAUCAGGAUCUUUGUCGGAUGACGAAGAGACUAUUCCCUCUAUUGCUGAACUAGAGGAAGAACGGAAUAGUCCUCUGCACGGCGAUGAGAAUACUGGCGUAGAAGAGCUUGAACAGACUUUAGAAGAUGACCGUAUCCACCGCUCUAGAAGAAAAAUAGCCAGAAGAUAA